GUGCUUAUUCGCUAAAUGUUACUCAAGGAUUAUAAUAAUUAUGUUGCUUAUUUUAUUUUCAUUGUAAAGCCUAUUCAUGGGUAGCUGAUACCAGUUGCACUAAAUCCUGUGGAGGCGGAACGAUACAACAAAAGAUGGUCAUAUCACGAUGUACUUCGUCAACCAAGCCAUCAUCGUGUUCGAUACGUAUUCGUACCGUUUCUUGUAAUACCCACCACUGUCCAGUUAACGGAGGGUGGUCUUCCUACGGAUCGUGGAUAAAUUCUGGAACCUGUUCGAAGACGUGCGGAGGGGGUUCACAACGACAGAUUCAAAGCAGAACAUGUACUCAACCUGCUCCUGCUUAUGGUGGAGCCCAGUGUGGUGGAAAUGGUACUCAACAAAAAUCUGUUCCAUGUAACACAAACCCCUGUCCUGUUAACGGGGGAUGGACAUCAUUCGGGUCAUGGAGAAAUUCUGGAACCUGUUCGAAGACAUGCGGAGGGGGUUCUCAACAACAGGUCCAGACAAGAACAUGUACUCAACCUGCCCCUGCUUAUGGUGGAGCACAGUGUAGUGGGGGUAGUAGUCAACAAAAAUCUGUAGAAUGUAAUACAGACCCGUGUCCGGUAAACGGCGGGUGGACCUCAUAUGGACCAUGGGUCAAUUCUGGACCUUGUUCGAAGACAUGUGGAGGAGGUUCUCAACAACAGGUCCAGACAAGAACAUGUACUCAACCGGUUCCUGCUUAUGGUGGAGCACAGUGUAAUGGAAGUAGUAGCCAGCAAAGACAUGUAGAAUGUAAUACAGAUCCCUGUCCUGUAAAUGGCGGAUGGACUUCCUAUGGAUCAUGGAGCAAUUCGGGGCCCUGUUCCAAAACAUGUGGAGGCGGUUCUCAACAACAGAUUAGGACAAGAACAUGUACUCAACCUGCCCCAGCUUAUGGUGGAGCAGAGUGUACAGGAAGCGAUAGUCAACAACGGCCCGUGGAUUGUAACGUACACGAAUGUCCAGCACAACGACAGAUUCAAAGCAGAACAUGUACUCAACCUGCUCCUGCUUAUGGUGGAGCCCAGUGUGGUGGAAAUGGUACUCAACAAAAAUCUGUUCCAUGUAACACAAACCCCUGUCCUGUUAACGGGGGAUGGACAUCAUUCGGGUCAUGGAGAAAUUCUGGAACCUGUUCGAAGACAUGCGGAGGGGGUUCUCAACAACAGGUCCAGACAAGAACAUGUACUCAACCUGCCCCUGCUUAUGGUGGAGCACAGUGUAGUGGGGGUAGUAGUCAACAAAAAUCUGUAGAAUUAAACGGCGGGUGGACCUCAUAUGGACCAUGGGUCAAUUCUGGACCUUGUUCGAAGACAUGUGGAGGAGGUUCUCAACAACAGGUCCAGACAAGAACAUGUACUCAACCGGUUCCUGCUUAUGGUGGAGCACAGUGUAAUGGAAGUAGUAGCCAGCAAAGACAUGUAGAAUGUAAUACAGAUCCCUGUCCUGUAAAUGGCGGAUGGACUUCCUAUGGAUCAUGGAGCAAUUCGGGGCCCUGUUCCAAAACAUGUGGAGGCGGUUCUCAACAACAGAUUAGGACAAGAACAUGUACUCAACCUGCCCCAGCUUAUGGUGGAGCAGAGUGUACAGGAAGCGAUAGUCAACAACGGCCCGUGGAUUGUAACGUACACGAAUGUCCAGUGAAUGGUGGGUGGAGUGAUUUUGGAGAUUGGGGAGAUAUUACCGAUUGUUCAACAACUUGUGGAGGCGGAGAAGGUAUCAAAACCAGGCACAGAACAUGUACUAAUCCAGCACCUUUAUAUGGUGGGACAGAAUGUGAGGGGGAUACAUCUGAAGAAAAAUCAGUCGACUGUGCCCCAGUACCUUGCCCGAUCAAUGGAGGGUGGUCUGAGUACAGCAAGUGGUUAUAUACGAAUGACUGUUCAGUAUCAUGUGGAACAGGAACACGAUCGCAACUUCGCACCAGAACCUGUACCAACCCAACACCUCAAUUUGGGGGUGAAGAAUGUGAAGGAAAUUAUAAUGAAACACUUGAAGAAGAAUGCACUUUUGAUCCAUGUCCUGUCGAUGGUGGUUGGAAUGACUGGGGUAAUUGGACAGUAAAUGGCAAAUGUUCUACGACAUGUGGUACAGGGGAACAGAUCUACACUAGAAUCCGCAAAUGUAACAACCCAGAACCAGCUUUCGGGGGUCUUAGAUGCGAAGGAAAAUCGCUUCAGCAAAAAUCGGAAAUUUGUGGAACAGACCCAUGCCCAAUUGACGGUAAUUGGAAUGAAUGGCAAGACUGGGCUCCCCUUGGUAAAUGUUCUAAAUCGUGUGGAGCAGGAUUCAUCAAAGAAACUAGAACACGUGUCUGCGAUAAUCCAGAACCACAAUAUGGUGGCGAAGACUGCUGGGGAGACAGCACUGAACGUCGACAAGUUGAAUGUUUUAAUACGCCAUGCCCGGUGAACGGAGAUUGGUCAGUUUGGACCGAUUGGGAAAUAGAUGGCCUAUGUUCAGUUACAUGCGGCAAGGGUGAAAUACCAGAGAAAAGAACUCGAACUUGCACCAAUCCGAGACCAAUGUAUAAUGGCGAGGAGUGUCAAGGUGAUUCUAUACAAAGACGAACAGGCAGUUGCAAUGAAAGUUCAUGUCCAGUGAACGGAGAUUGGUCAGUUUGGACCGAUUGGGAAACAGAUGGCCUAUGUUCAGUUACAUGCGGCAAUGGUGAAAUACCAGAAAAAAGAACUCGAACUUGCACCAAUCCGAGACCAAUGUAUAAUGGCGAGGAGUGUCAAGGUGAUUCUAAACAAAGACGAACAGGCAGUUGCAAUAAAAGUUCAUGUCCAGGUCUUUGUGACGUUGAUGGAUAUACUUUCGCCUCUGAACAAGAUUUCACCAAGUAUUUCGUAUGUCAGGGAGGUCGUGCUGUACUUUCAGAUUGCGCGUACAAACAACGCUGGAAUGAGGAAACGAGGAAUUGUGUGCAAAUCUGUCCAUCGUUUUUUUCAAGUACGUUUGCCCACCCAAACGACUGUCGUCGGUAUGUCCAAUGCAUGUGGGGAUUUUCCAUUAUAUUAAUGUGUCCAUCUGGAACAGCUUUUGACGUAGCAACCAAUCGAUGCAUUCAUGAAGCUCAGGUGACCACAUGUAAUUGAUACACAUACGCGACCGUGA